AAUUACCCAGCUGAACAGACACUGAGAACCAACUGAGAACAUAACUAAUUAACUACUAACUUUUGAGUUAGGAAAAGGAAUGAGGAAAAAUUUUAUAGUGUAAUUUAUUUUCAUAAAAUAGUGUACAGUAGGAUGGUCAAAAGGAUCACCACAAAAUGGACAGGCUGGUCCUAAUAGAAAAGCUCAAAGAAUAUGGCGUCGGUCGACGGAAACUCGGCGACGAGUUCUUUAAAGACGACCCACCACUACCACGACUCGGAGUAAGGGAUGAAGAUGAAGAGGAUCUAUGUCAUGAGAUAAUAAAAUCUACAUGCAGCAUCCCUGGAUGCCAGUUCACAACAGAAUCUCUAUUAGAAUUCGAGAACCAUUACAACGCCUCUCACAGAUACUCGUGCAGCCAAUGCAAGAAAGUCCUUCCGUCGCCGCAUCUUCUAGACUUGCAUAUACAGGAACUGCAUGACUCCUUCUUCGCUGUUCUGGCCACUAAGAAACCUUCGUAUUGCUGUUACAUAGAAGAAUGCAAAGAAAAAUUCAUAAAUCCAGAAGAACGUCUCGAACACUGUGUUAAUAUUCACAAAAUGCCGAAAGAUUUCAGAUUCGACCAAAAACCUAAAAAUAAAAAGACUAAAUCAAAGAAUAAAAAUAAAAAGAACGAAGAGAGCUCUAUGGAUGUUGACAAAGUCACAGAAGAAAAACAAUUUGUGUUCACUAAUAGAAAACAGAAAACUUUCCCUAAAUACACAGGGAAAAAGUUUACUACAGAGAAAGAAAAUACUACCGCGGAUGUAAACAUGGAUGAAGUUGUAAAGGACUUAAAGGACAGUUUGCCAACUUAAUAAAACCAACUUUACAUCAUAACAGUUUAUUGACUCACAAUGAUUACUAUUAAAUAAAUAAAGUAAGCUUAUUACUACA